GAAAAGGUAGAUAAUUUCAUCUGUGGUGUUUUGUUUGAAUAGCACUUCCACAAAUCCAAAUAAUUUUUUUAUCGUAAAAAUGGAAUACCAAUUAAUAGAACUCAUAAAAGCAAAUCCCAUUUUAUACGACAAAAAGUAUCGAAAUCCAAGGUACAGGGAGGAAAAAAUUGAAAAGUGGGCAGAGGUGGCGUCACAAUUGCGACGAGAUCCUAGCACCAUUCGCAUACGUUGGAAAACACUGCGAGACACCUACAUAAGAGAAAGGAGACGCAAGUUCAAGGAAGAUGAAAAAGAUGAUUCUGAGCGAUCACAUUAUACAUGGAAAUAUUACCAUCACUUGGAAUUUUUGGACAACCACCUUAAAGAAACAUCUGCUAAUUUCAAAAUUGAAGAAAACGAUGAUGACUUUAAUCAAUUUAUCCAGGAUUCAAGUGUUUAUAACGACGUUGGCGAAGUGGAAUAUGAAACCGAAAAUUUUGAUUUGAACGAGUAUAUUAAGAAAAUAGAUACUUCCACAGCAAAUGUGACUAAUUUAAGUAAAAUGGCAGGGUCAUCUGAAGAUGCGGCCAGAAAAAGGAAAGUUGACAAAGAUGCUGUCAUCAAUGAAGCUUGUCAAGAGAUCUCGAAUUUACUUAAGAAUGCAAAGCAACGUUUUUCGCCACCAUCUCCCAAUCAAGUGUUUUUCAAUUCGAUGGCUCUACAAGUCGAAGAGGCUAAACUUUCACCGGUUGAUUUAAUGCGCCUGCAGCAGAGACUCCUGGAAGUUGUUACCCAAGAACUUCUUUUAUUUCAAGAUAAAACCUACGCACCUUAAAUAUUUCAUACACGUUUUAUUAUGUGCUUUCUUUAAACAAGUAAUCCUUUAAUAAAUCUCUGCUUGCAAAAGCGUCGUUAUUAGCAGUA